UGCCAUUUUGUAUCUCCACAGUCCGGUCAGACCGAGGCUGACCGUCCGCGAAGACCCGACUAAUAUGCAAGUGUAGACUGUGUUUUUUAACUUCCAGCUUGUAUCUAAGUGUAUUAAAGUUAAAUUUCCGUUUUUAGGUAGCGGUGUUCGCUGUGGUCUUACUGUUUCCCGUCGGGUUAGACUUCAUCCUGUUUGCGGUAGUAGGAGAGCUAACGGCGUUAGCCAGCUAGCUCAGCUAGCUUAGCGUUAGCUUUCUAACGCUAACUGAGAUCUGUAGCGAAAUGGCGGCCAACACGACACAAGCAACACCGACAACUAACUGGUCCUACGGUUCUGCUGGAGACAGCCAAGUUCAUGAAAACCCAGAAUGGGAGAAAGCAAGACAAGCUUUAGCAUCUAUUAACAAGAGUCAGACCUCUGCUAAGACCGCACAAGCCAACCGGACCGCAGCAGAGGCCGGCCAGUUUCAGCCAGCGGUAUCUGAGUCUGCAGCCAUGCAGCAGCAGCAGCAACAGCAGCAGCAGCAGCAGUACUAUCCGUGGUACCAGCAAACCCAGCAGCACUAUCCUGGAUACACAUACCCCUAUAACUACUACUACCCCAUGGGUCCAUAUGGCGGUGCAUAUCCACCCAACCAAUACGGUGUUCCACCUGGUCCAUAUCCAGGAACUCCAACCUCCAAUGGACAGCCUCCCCCAGUGCCUGGAACUGAAGACCAGUCCUCCAGCUACCCAUCCCAACCCCAGCCCCCUCCCCCAGCUGCUCCCCAGCCCCCCCAGAGCCCCACCACCUCAGAGAAGCCCCCUCCUCCUCCUCCUCCACCCAUCCCUCCACCACCCAACUCCCAGUACCCCCCGCCGCCGUCACAGAAUGCUUACAGUGCCAACAGCACCAUGGCAUACCCCCCCGGUGACCCCAGCCAAAUGCAGGUCUACAAUCAUUCCCAGGGAAGGCCCAGCUAUGGCCAGAGCUUCCAGGCCCAGAACACCUACCAGUCCCCUCUGAAUAACUCCCAGCAGCAGCAGCCAGGGCAGUACGUCCCCAACCUGGGCCGAGGAGACGCCAACAAGAACAAGAACCAGAAACAAGGACAGCAGCUCUGGCACCGCAUGAAACAGUCUCCUGGGACAGCUGCUGUGAAGUUCAAUAUUCCCAAGAGGCCCUAUCAGGUUCAGUGUUCCCCAAUCGCCAAUCAGGCUUUCCCUCCAGGCGAGCAGCCUCCAGGCCUGAACCAGACUCCUUCCUCUCCAGCCAAUGCCAACGCUGCACCUGGAGGAGCUCAGACACGACCCCAGGACUGGCCUCAAGCCAUGAAGGAGUACGUGCAGCGCUGCUUCACCGCCUGUGAGACGGAGGAGGACAAGGAUCGCACAGAGAAGGUGCUGAAGGAAGUUCUGCAGGAUCGGUUAAAGGACGGUUCUGCUUACACGAUUGACUGGACUCGUGAGCCGCUGCCAGAACUGAAGGUCAAACAGUCACGUUGGGAAAGUGUCUCAUCCCAGAGGACGUCCGACAGCUCGGUCAGCCGCGGUGGAAGCGCAGCGGCUGCAGCUUCCAGAGGCAGAGGUCUCGGACACAGACUGGGUCACUACAGGAACAUCUUUUCUCAGAGGAGUCCGUCUUCCAGUUCGUCCAGAUCUUCCUCCCGCUCGCCGUCGCCAUCGCACGGCCGACACAGAGAUCGCAGCAACCAAAGGCACAGGCGCAGUGAUUCGGGCUCACAGUCAGACAGCAGCAUCUCCAGCGACCUCCGACCUCAGCUGUCGAGACGAAGUCAGAAAGGAGCUCGUGGUCGAGGUAAUGACAGAGACAGAGGACGUGGAGGUGGAGAGAGAGGACGAGGGCGGGGAGGAAAAGCCAACCGAGGACGGCGAAACAUGGAUGAUUCCAACUCUUCUGUUGGAAAGAAAAGGAAAGGAGGCAAUGCCGGUCUGGAUUUCCACGACCCGAACAGAGAAGCCAAGAAGCAGAGCAGAGCAGCUCGUUUCCACAAGCAGCUCCGCUCAGAGCCUCUGAUUCUGUCCAUCAAUGCUCUGGACCUGCCCGACGGGACGCAGGAGGGCCUCAGCUGGGAGGACUGCCCCAUCGUGGGGACGUGUCAGGACAUCACCAAGCACUACCUGAGGCUCACCUGUGCCCCCGACCCGUCCACAGUGCGCCCCGUCCAUGUGCUGAGAAAGUCUCUGCAGGCUGUGAAAGCCCACUGGAAAACCCACCAGGACUACGCCUACGCCUGUGAGCAGAUGAAAUCUAUUCGACAGGACCUCACGGUCCAAGGAGUUCGUACCGACUUCACAGUGGAAGUGUACGAGUGUCACGCUCGCAUUGCUCUGGAAAAGGGAGACCACGAAGAGUUCAACCAGUGCCAGACCCAGCUGAAGGCCCUUUACAAGGACAAUCCCUCGGAGAACAUUGGAGAGUUUACGGCUUAUAGAUUGAUGUAUUACAUCUUCACUAAAAACUCUGGAGACCUGACCACUGAGCUGGUGUACCUGACGCCGGCCCUGAGGGCAGACGAGUGCGUGGCUCACGCUCUGGCGCUGCGAGCUGCCUGGGCGUUAGGAAACUACCACCGCUUCUUUAAGCUCUACCUGGAAGCCCCACGCAUGGCUUCGUAUCUCAUCGACAAGUUUGUAGAGCGAGAACGAAAGGUGGCACUGCGGGCCAUGGUCAAAACGUUCAGACCCGACCUGCCGGUGCAGUAUGUCCAGUCCUGUCUGGGCUUCACAUGUUUAGACGCCUGUAUGGCCUUUUUAACGGGGCUCGGUGUCACCUUCACCCCUUCUGAUCCCCAAAAGAUAGACUGCAAGACCAGCACAGCCUGCUUAGCCGCCUCCUGAGGGGCAGUAGGGCGGGGUAGAGGGGGCUCUAGGGACCACCGCGGAUCCUUACAUACGCAAUGCACUGCACUUAAGACACCUCAGCAGCUCAGAUAGACCAGUGGAAGGCUAGCUCCUGUAGACCUGUAUAGAAGACACAUGCUAGUGUUGUCAGACGGAGCAGGUGUAGAUUCCUGACACAGUUUAAGGAUAAACUCAGUGAGCCAGGCCUCCACGUUGGGAUGCAGAGCAGCAGGGAACAGCUUAGAUGUGGGAUCAUUUAAAGGCCAUCGAGUCUCAGAAUCAGAUCAGGGCUCAGCCUCAUGGUUCCUGUUCCUUUACCACCGUUAGAUUUCAAAGCUAACAGUGUUCUGUUAUGUUUUUUCCUCCCUCAAGUCAGCAGCUCAAAGACCUGAAGAUUCAAGUCUGACAGUCAGAAAGGAAACGGCUUCUCCUCCAAGUCUUUCGUCCGCCGUUUGAAGUCAAGCUGCACAAUCAAGUUUUCCUCUUAGAGACUGUGAGAAGAACCCAGCAGUUUGUCUGAAAGAAGAAGAGGUGGUUUGUAUUUCCUGCGUCCGCUUUCCUCCAAGGUAUCUGCACUUCGACCUUCCCAGCGUCCUGCUGAGAGAAACGGACUGACGACUAAAGUCUAAUUCAGCAGCGUUCAUUAACCCGGAAGACGUCUCAGACGAGCAUUGACUCUGUUCGAUAAAGGAUAAGUGUUCCUCAUCAUGGCUGAAUCUUGGAAGUUGAGCUUCACCUGCAGGCAGCAGUUCAGCUUCCACCCGUGGAGUCCAGCAGAGAUGAAGCUCCUCCAUCAUGUAGACAGUCUGACCUUCAGCAGCCGUCACUGCUGAAGCAGCGCGGCGUCUUCGGGUGAAUUCAUCGUCUCCAAGAAGGAAUAUCAGGUGGUUUGUAUGAGGCUCUGGUGUCUGAAGGCUGGUAAGAGAAACACAGAGACUUGUGGAAGGAGGUGGAUGACGACGGCACGCUGCUGCGUUGGUGUUUUAUGUCUGGUGUGUUUUGGACAGCAGUGUUGGCAAAAGGAAACAGAAAGUCUUAUGGAGCCGUAAUCAGGGUUUUAUGAACUCAGCAAAUUUGACAAAAUCCUAAAAACACCAAAACUGGGAGUCCAGGAGAAGUUUAAGGGCUCCGAUCAGCGCUGCUGUCUGACAGUAUUUAAACAGAAACAUGAGUUGAAGCCAACAGUAAUUUAAUGACCAGGGAUGUGUGAGUCAUCCUUUUAAGUCCUAACAGCUAUGAAAUUUGUUCCAUAAAACCUCCGAUUGGACCCGCUUUUUAUUGAACUAGACGCUCCAAAUGAAAAGCAGCAGUUUCUGGUUCUGUCUGGUGUGAUUUUGGUUCAUUCACCUCCAGGAGACCAUUUUUAGGAGAAUCACACCGGUGAUAAAUUGAGAGUUAUUAGUGAUUAAACGGCUUGUAAAUGUCGGGACAUGUGACCCGAAGCAGCAGAACCCUCCCACAGCGAGCACCGGUCGGCGCUGGUCCUCAGUAUUGUGUUUGAGCUGCUGUGUGGUGAUCAUCCACAUGUUUACCACCAACAGAGUCUAUUUUUGUACAUACUGUAUGAUACUGCUGUGGUUUCUUUUCGUUUAGUCGUUUGUUCACACGUGGGUAAGUGUGAUUUAUAGCUUUGUUCUUGGGUUCACCGGGUGUGAAUUUGUAAAGCGGAGCAGGAGGAACCGGUCCACGUUAGCGCCGGCCGCUCAAACCAAAUUCUGGCGGGACGUGGUGCUUUGUUGUUGUCGGCGGCGCGUCGCAUCAAACGGCCGGUUCGUGUCGGCCGAUGUCGACGCCGCCCACAACAAAGCGGCGAGCCGCCGCCACCGCCGUGAACCUGCAUCAUGUGUGUGUUGUGUGCUGACAAUGAUCUCAACAUGUCUCCUCUCUUCCCUUCAUCCACCCUGCCCCCUGUCCUCCUCGCCGCCCCCUCCCCCUCCACUCCCCCCGAACCCUUCUACCCCAAACACCACCAGACCUCUGCAGCUCGUGGCUCCGCUGCACUGCAGCAGCUCACGGAGGGACGAUAAAGCGGUGAACCUCCUCCAGACGCCUGCGGGACAAGGAGAGAGAAUUGUGAGCAACCCAAAGUGUUGGUUUGAGCCACUCGAGUUGAAGCCGCACAGCCGAUAAAACACACGGGAGCCUCACACCAUGGGAGAUGUUGAUUCGCUGCUAAUCCAAAGAGUUUAAAAAAAAAAAAAAAAGGCUUUUUCUGUGCAACAAACCUGUUUUAGUUUGAAGACGAGUGAUGCUUAACUGAUGUACUGCCGGGUUCUGUUCGUCCGGAUGCAUUCACGCGUGCUGAGGGACUCGCUGGCAGUCGUUUGCUGAUCAAACAUUUCACCAGGUGAUUCGGCUCGUGUUCGUCGGACCGACAGGCUUCUCCAGCCGGUCCAUUAAAAGCUUCGUUUUCAGAGUUUCGUCCUUUGGCAUCAAACGAAUGCGUCCGGACCGACAGAACCGACUCUCAGCUGCUGUCUGAAGCCUUCAGGUGUGCGUCUGCUCCCACGACGACCCGUGUUCGGUUGAAACUGUGAACAUCUCAGGUUUUCAGGACGUUUGUUGUUUAUUUUUAUUUUGUUUCUUUAUUGUUUUUGUUUACUGAGAAGCUUCCACCCGGGCCACUAACAGAACACAUCCUCAUUUAGUUUUUUCUUCUCCCCUCCGGUGCCUGAAUCAUGUUUUUCUGUAUUUUUUGCUCCCAUGUUGCUGUAAACCUCCAUCAGUCUGUAACUUCCUCCUCGGCGCUCUGAAGAGCUCCAUCUCCUCCCCCGUGUCUCCAUCUCCCUCCAUUUCUUUUUAACUGAAUCGUCUUCUCUCUGUUCUCUGAGUCUCCUCCCUGCAUGAAGUCCUCCUCCUCUUCUCCUCCUCCUCCUCCCACGAGCCUCUAACCAGUAUUUCUCUUCUCAUUCUUCUCUUUUUUUCCUUUUGAGUAUUUCUGUGACCGUUUGCUGUGUUGCAACUAGUCACUUCUCUCACUAGUAAGUAUUGUACUCGGUCUGCAGUGCUUUCAUAGUUUACGUUGCAGCUCACUAACAACCGAAGCUGAAGGUUUAUCCUCCUCCUCUUCCUCCUCCUCCUCCUCCUCUUCCUCCUCUUCCUCCCUUCGUCCCCACAUCUGAUCUGACAAACUGCCAGUCUGUAAAUACUGUGUACAUAUUACCUUUUGAAAAAAAUCUAAUAAAAUUCCAGUAUGAAGAGCA